CAAACACAAUUCAGUUGAAAUCUAAGGUUGGCGCUCGUCGGAUCGUUUUGGGUGCAGAAGAUUAUCGAGCGACAGACGGAAAAGAUGGAGGCCGAAUCUGCAUCAGCUAAAUCAAGUGAUGAGAGCUCUGCUGGAGACAAGAAUCAAAUUUUGCAAAUGAAUAGAUUCUACUCAUUUUUUCACUGUACUGAGACAAGCCCACCGCAGAGCCCCACACAGGAAGAGACCUCAGACGACGAGGAUCUAACACUAAACAUGAUCCCGCACCAGGACAGCGACAAAGACAGCACCGACUCCUCCUGCAAGUGCCUUGAAAACAACCAGGAGACCGAUGCAGAUGUCCCCCACGCUGAGACAGUGGUUUCUGAUAGACGCUUAUCCACUUCGACCUGGACUGAGCCACAUGGUGCACAGGAGCCUGAUAUGAAACUGUCUUCAGAUCUAGACAACCUCACUCUGGAGUCCUUCAAAGAGAGGGACCUGAUGCAAGAAAAACCCAACACGACAACUGUGGGAACCUCUCUCCCGUCGAUUCAAGAGGACGGAGCGAAGGACGAGCCAGAUGCCGCCGCCGCCGCCGCCGCUUUGGAUCCUCCUCUCCCUCCGAACGAUCAGCGAGUCCAGGAGGCCAUCGCGUUCCUCACUGUGGCGGAAAAACUGGAGGCCCGGAGGAAGUCACGGUCACUGUGGAGGAGACUGUUGUACUGCGUCUCUGAGUGCAUCACCGACCCCCCUCCAGAGUAGACCAUCAGAAAGUUACGUAGUGUAGAUUUAGUUAGUUAGUUGGACAAGAAAAAUUUAUUAAAAAAAGCUGGAGU